UCCAGAUCGGCUGGCGCUGAACCAGGGACUCAGCUUCGCUCAUUUGUGUUACCGUCUGGUUUUCCAUUCGUCCUCUUUGUGUUUAACUGUCAUCUUCUUUGUUUUGGGCUUGAGGCCAUGGGUCGUUAAUUGCACGUCGUCGAAAUUGAGUCGCAUUGAGCAAUCCGAAUCCUUCCUUUGAAUCCGGCCUUUUUCUUCGCGGUAAAUUUCUGGAUAACCUUCUUUCAAUCUGCGUGCCACGUGGAUAUAUCACGCCCAGCAUUGCCGAAUCGAUAGCGCUUCCUGAGAUGCUGUGUUUCCCAUAAGACGAACCGCCCGAGACUGUACGCUUGACGAAAAGAAGUCCACACGAGACAUUACAGACAAAGUUGAUAGGGCAUCAAGUUCCAAUAAUAUAGCAAAGAGGAGGCGCAAUGUUCUUUCUCAAGGAAGAAACGAAGGUGAUCUCGCUUCACCCGUCCUACUUUGGGCCCAGCGUGAGGGAAUACCUGAUCAAUCGGCUCAAUGAAGAGGAGGAAGGCAGAUGUACAGGAGAUCAUUUUGUGAUCUGCGUGAUGGACAUGGUGGACAUUGGCGAAGGGCGAGUGAUUCCAGGAAGUGGCGCCGCUGAAUAUACUAUCAAGUACCGCGCAAUCAUCUGGAAACCGUUCCGAGGAGAGACGGUAGAUGCAAUUGUCACCUCGGUCAAGCCAACCGGCAUAUUCACCUUGGCAGGUCCGCUGUCGGUGUUUAUUGCGCGCAAAAAUAUUCCUUCGGAUAUCAAGUGGGAACCGAAUACCGUACCUCCUCAGUAUACCGACCAUGCCGACCAGGUUAUCGAAAAGGGAACCAGUCUACGCCUAAAGAUCCUCGGUGUCAAGCCCGAUGUUGCCGCCAUUAAUGCGAUUGGAACAAUUAAGGAGGACUAUCUUGGACCUCUGUAACGAAUUGAAUUUACUACUACCUGUGCGCGAGCGAGCUAUUCUGAGCGAGUCGCCAUGGCCUGGUCUCCCCGGCUUCCUUCUAAAGAAGAGGAAUAGACUUGAGCUGGUUGAACUACUCUUCACGCCAGCAGCCACGGUUUCGAGAUUCUUGAGUCAGUUCCUCAUUCUGACUCGAAGCUUGUGCAUUGCCGCGUCUGGGAGAUGGACAGCGCGAUAGCGCUACACCUACAGAACCUUACAGCACAGUUAGGCGACUGGCUCGAUUUCCCUGCUCGGCCUACUCUCGCCUGUAUUCCUCUUUUUUUUCUUCGUGCACCUUCUCCUAAUUAGGAUACCCAGAUAUCCGACGAUCAGAUAUCAGCAAUGCCUCCUGUGUUUGACGGAAGGAGACUGUAUGUUGUUUUGCAGCCCUUUGCUCUGGCGGGAAUGUAUCAAUAAGAGCGGGGUAGAUGCCUGUCUGGCGAUGUAUCUAGAUAA